CACAACUCUUUUUUUUAUUUAAAUCUAACCUCUUCUUUCUUCUUCUUCUUCUUCUUCUUCUUCUUCUUCUUCUUCUUCACUCACUGACCUCUUCUUCUUCUUCUCAAUCUAACCCUCAACAUCUUUUCAUCCUUACAUACCCUUACAUACAAUAACAAAGAUAACCGCCCUUCAUCAUGUCGUCCUCUCCUUCUUCCUCCCCUACACUCCCAACCAAUACCUUGAUCAUCACCGAUCUUGAGAACCAUCACUUUGAACAGUCCUUCCUCGACAACCUCCGCGCACAGACCGAGCUCUUUGGCAAAGUCUGCUUCUUCUCCCCCAUCAAAUCCUUCCACCGUGUCUUUGUUGUCUAUCACUCGGUCUUUGACGCCCAAAGAGCAAAGGCCCUGUUGCACAACACCCGUUUCAAGGACAUCACCCUCCGCGUCUACUUUGGUCAACACACCGAAUUGACCAUCGAUCCCGAGAAGUACUACCUUCACCUGCCCGACCUGGCCAAGGCCCACGCCGACAAGGGUGCCAGACACCUCUCCCCUCCCGGAUCCCCCCCAGUCGGAUAUGUGGAUGAGGAAGAGAUGCAAACCAUUGACGAGUUCUCGCUCGAACAACACAUUACCGCAGCCUUCUCAUCCUCUUCUUCAAACACAUCCACAUCCACCUCCACAUCCACAUCCACAGAAGCACAGAUCUCUGUUGCUCCUGCAGUCUCCAUCGCUGCUGCACCAGCAUCUUCUUCUGAUGCCACAGAGAACGGUAAAGUCCCUUUGCAGAUCAACAAGCUCCGUAUCGACACUCUCCUGACUCCAUUCUCCCAAGCCUCUGCUUGCUCUCCCCGGUCUCCUUUGACCCCAACGCGUCUGGCCUUCUCCCCUGCCAAGGGUUCUCAAGGCGAACAGCCCUUCAUCACUAUCCAGGACUGGGGUGUCUGUGCCUGAAUGCCUGAAAUAUGAAAUAUGACACAGCCCAGAGAUUGUCAACCCAAGCCUUUUACUCUUGCCCUUUGUCCUUUCUUUGUCGGCUUUUUAUAUCCCUCUAAUUCCCUUCUCUUCAUAUACACUCAUUGGUUUGAUUUGAUUUGAUUUGCUUUUUUUAUUUUUUUUUUAUAUCAAUCUUGUACUAUAGACACCAAUAAACUACUAAAGCAUUACUUUCUAUCCG